UAGGGAUAGGAACAAGCUCCUAGGAACAAAGCAAAAGUGAGUCAUCACCAAUGAAGCACAAACAUUCCUUGCGUCAUGAAUCAAAAGAAUCAUGAUGCUGCUGUUCUACUAAAGUCAAGUCGUACAAUACUCUGGUGCCGUUAAUCAUAUUUAAAAACAAAGGAAGUGUGAUACAUGAGGUUUAAAGCAUAAUACCUCUCUGUUCUCCAAAACCAUAAUGGCAUCUCCACUUUACCAUUCCUCUCCUACUUAAUAUCUUUCCCCUUCUUUUUUCUCAUCAUUCCGUCUCUCUGCUUUUCUUAUUAGUCCUCUGUUUUUCUUAGCGUUCCUCUACUUCCACACCCCAAAUUCGCAUGAAGGCUUCGGGCACAUCUCAUCUUUGCUGUUCCGUGAAGACUUUGUCAGACAAAGUAGGAGGCAUGCUUUGUUGUCGUGGUUCUGCGAACAAGUAUAGCAGGCUAGAUGCAAAGCUUGAAAAGAGAAUGGCUGAAUUUAAAAGAGUUUCUUCGGGCCAAAGCAACUUUAGGUCAAUUGACAGCAUAAUUUUGAGGUUCCCUCAGUUUAGAGAAGAACUGAAGAACAUAAGGAACGUGUUUGACUUGUAUGAUGAGGACUCAAAUGGAACUAUAGACCGCGAGGAACUGAAGAAAUGCUUACAGAAACUCCAACUCCAUCUGACAGCGGAAGAGAUUGAGGAUCUUUUUCAUUCAUGUGACAUGGAUGGGAGUGAAGGGAUACAAUUCAAUGAAUUCAUUGUUCUUCUAUGUCUCAUAUAUCUAUUGAAGGACCCCAAUACGACAUCGAAGAUAGACUGUCCACAACUAGAAGCAACUUUUGAUACUGUCAUUGAAGUAUUUGUAUUUCUCGAUAAAAAUGGUGAUGGAAAGCUGAACAAGACAGAAGUGGUGAAGGCAUUGAAUGAAGCUUCUCCACGGGAGAAAUCUCCUUCUCAUGUCAGCAGGAAUCGAUUUAAGGAAAUGGAUUGGGACAAGAAUGGGAAGGUGACUUUCAGGCAGUUCCUCUUUGCUUUCAUCGAUUGGGUCGGAAUUGAAACAGAUGAAGAAAUAUCUCAAGAACAAAGUUAAGGCCAACAGUAUACAGCACUGAAUUAGGUUGCAUAGCUGUUGCAAUUGUGGUCAGAUGAUACAAUAAUGUAUAUUUCCAAAAGCCUCAUAAGAUUUGUAUGAAACAGUUUAGCUGUUGUGCCAUCUUUAGUUCAUCUAUGAAUUCUGUAAAGGUUUUCUUAUGAAUCAUCAUGAUUGCUAAUAUAUGGAGAAUAUGAUUGCAUUGCGAGUUUGUGUUCUUUUAAUUAUUGUUAUCAAUGUUAACUA